AUGACUAAUAAUAAAACAGAACACGAAGCAGAAAUAUUUUCACCUACUCAUGUAUCUGCUGGUCGAUAUCGAGGUGGUCCUCAUGGUGUAGGUGAUCCAAAUGAUAAAAGUUUACGUAAAGUUGAAUUAGAAGUUUCUAUACCAGGAAUUAUUCGAGAUCGAGCUCAUCGAGAAAAAUGUCAUAAUUUACUUGAUGAAUUUGGUCAAUGUGGUGAAAAACAUGGUGUAUGGUCUUUUGUCAAAUGUCGAAAAGAAGUAAAAGCAAUGAACGAUUGUCUUGCUAAAUGGUUUAAUGAUGAAAAUUUUCGUGAAGAAUGUACACAAAUAUAUUUGGCUGAACGAACAAUUUAUCGUGAAACUGGUAUUCUUCGAAAACCUAUUAAACGACCUUAUUAUAUAAAUCCUCAAAAAGAAAUGGAAAGAAUAAACAAAAUUAGAAAAGAAUAUGAACGAUUAGAACAUAAAAAUGAUUAG